AUGUGGGAAGGCUGGCCAUUAUGCGAGAAACUGUCCGCAUGGGGAAGGGACACGAAGCGAGUCGGGUUCGGUGCAGCAACCGAGGGUGGUCAGAGUUCUGGUCGGCAAUCAUUCCAAGGAACUCAGAGGCAGCAGCAGCCUCACUUUUGUCAGACCACAUCAGCUCAGGGAUCUCAGGUCGAGAGAAGAGCGAGUUCUUCGACACCUACUCAGGGUUUCGAUCAGCGAGGUGGACACGUUCAGGGUCAGAUGACUCAAGGAAAUGCUUUUGCUAUCACCUCUGCUAUUCCACCUCCUGUUACUUCUCAGACCCCGGAGACUUCGAUUGUGAGGAGUAUAUUUCUUCUGUUUAACUCCUUUGCUAGAGUACUAUUUGAUUCUGGAGCAUCACACUCAUUCAUUGCUGCAUCUUUUGCUUGUGCAUUGGAAUUGGAGAUUGAAAGUAUCAACUCUCCUUUGCUUGUUGAGACACCUAUAAGGGGUAGAUCGCCGUUAGAUCGUGUUUGCCAGGAUUGUGAGCUUGUUAUUCGAGAUCGCCGUUUUACCUUUGACUUCAUCAUGUUGAUUAUGUCAGGGUUCGACCUUAUUUUGGGAAUGGAUUGGUUGUUUACAUUUCACGCUACCAUAAAUUGCUUCAAGCAUCGAGUCCGCAUUUGUCCGCCUGGGGGUGCUUGUUUUGAGUUCUUUGGGGAGCGUCGGGAACCGUUAGAGCCGUAUUUGUGUGGAUCUCGAGAGCAAGAGCCGAUGUGUGCCUUAUUAGAGAGCUUGGCCUUAGAUGAGGAUGUGUCCGCAUACGGGGAGUUGCCCCUUGUUGUUUGUGAUUUUUUGGACGUAUUUCCGAAGGAGUUACUUGGUUUGCCACCCGAGAAAGAGAUUGAGUUCACCAUCGAUUUACUUCCUGGCACCGCUCCUAUUUCCAUACCUCCUUAUCAUUUUGCGCCCACCGAGUUGCGAGAAUUGAAGACUCAGUUGCAAGAAUUGAAGAAUUUGGGGUUUAUCUGUCCGAGUACGUCACCAUGGGGAGCACCGGCAUUGUUUGCUUAG